AUGCAAAGCGUGCGGCUCUCAUUGCGCCAGAUCCAUCAACGCCGAUUGAGAGCUAGCUUCUGCCACCCUUGUUCCAGGCUCAUCCGUGAGUUUCAGACCUCGCAAUCACUGAGAAUAUCUCAUGGAGAGCCCCAUGGCCUCCCUAGUUCGGCCACCGAGGAUAACGUUUCGAGAAGCGCCCCAGAACCCAAUACAACCACAGACACCCAGCAUGCCGCUCCGGCUGGGCUGACAGAGCCACAGGUUCGGUCUGGAAGUACAAAGGCGGAUUCAAGACGGGAUAGCCGCCCUUAUGGUUCUGCAUUGCGACGAUCUAUGAGAAACAAGAUAUCUCCGGAAAGAUCUGCUCCGGCCGUUAUACCAUCAUGGUUUCAAAAGCGUAAUAUCAUUCUUUCGAACUCGUCCUUGGAAGCACUUCAAGCACUACCUCAUAUUGUAGGUAUCGGCCAGUCGAAACAAGGCGCGGAUGAUAUUCAAGAAGUUACACAGGGGGGUGAAGGAGGUGGUGCGGGCGACGGAAAGCCGCCUAAUGGCUCGACACCGGAAUAUCGCUAUAUGAUAAGCGAGGAGGUCUGGAAUGAGAUCCGCACUGCGAUUCAAGCGGGAAUGACUCUCCCUGCCCCUCAUUAUGCGGAUGACCCGUCCGCGAGGAAGGUGCAUUUAGUUCUCCAGUAUCCUGGAGAUGGUGGAAUACUUUUUCUUGAUGCCGUGGUGAAAAAAGCUGCCGCCAGUUUCGGGGCUCACAUGAUUACUCUAGAUGCACAAGAUAUUGCCGAACUCCAUGCUCAGCAAGAGAAGGAUGAAGGAUCACCCGAAGGUCUAAUGUCUUCGUUGGGUUAUGAAGUAUAUCGCCCUACGAGAAAAGCUUCGUCCCAAGGUGCAGAGGAAGAGGCGGAAGAAUUGGAUGAGGGCGAAGAAGAGAGUGAAUCACAAGAACAGAAACGUAGUUUUACGUUACCUGUCUCGAAACUUUCUGAUCCUGGAGCCUUGGGGUCGUCAAUCUUGGAAGGUCUGUUUGGUGGAAAGGCAACAAUCGGGGUGGCUAAGAUGGUUGCCCCACAAGGACGUGGGGGCAGAUCUGUGGAAGACGAGGCGGAUUCUGAGUCUCUACGGGUUGUGAGCAAGCUUCUAUCAAUACCCAAAGAAACACCAGAUACAUCUGUUACGGGGAACAUCCUCGAACAAUCAGGAGAAGAGCACCAGAAAUCAAACUCUAGUAAGGAUUUAAUAAUCCAGAUCCAGGAUUACAACGACCUUUUAAAUACAGCGGGUGGUUCCGUUUUUCUAACCUCCCUUCAUAAAGCUAUCCAAGUUAGAAGACGAAAGGGACAAAGGAUUAUUGUGAUUGGAACAGUCUCGUCUUCAGAAAUCGACAGGUCCUCGGGAAAAACGUUUCCAAAGUUGAUACCAAGAGACUAUGAUCGGUUCUCAACGACAAUUUUUGUGACUCCGUCUAUGGAUUCUAAAAAUGCAGAGAAAAAAUUUGCGGAAGACUCGAGAGAGCGGAUAUUAGGCAUUAACAUCAGACAUAUGCAAAAUAUGCUCAAAACGCGGCUAAGGGAGCCUAUGACUCUCGAACAUAGUUUCCUCAGUCAUCAAAAAUGGCCUCUGGAGAGCUCGAUGAUCAGAUCGUGUGGUCUGGAUGCUGGGUAUUGGCCAUUUGACCUCGUUCAUCGGAUUGCAACCCUAACGCUUGGCUCUGUAGAGAGAGCCGAAAACUUAGAGCUCCGGCAUGUCCAGCAAGCCAUUGAAGUUUUCGAGAAAAGCGAUCGAGUCAAGUGCGAGUGGAUGGGGGAGAAACAUACCGCUGUCAAGCUUGGGAAACAGGCGCAAAGUAAACCCCGACUGGACAAGUCUCGUUUAAAAUGCAACUCGCACGAGGAAAAGCUACUAAACGGGGUUGUGGAUGCGGAGAGCAUACGUACUACCUUUGCAGACGUUCAUGUGCCUAAAGAGACCGUCGAGGCUCUGAAGACAUUGACGUCUCUCUCACUUGUUCGUCCAGAUGCCUUUACAUACGGCGUUCUUUCCACUGAUAAGAUACCUGGCCUGCUGCUUUAUGGCCCGCCGGGAACGGGUAAAACGCUUCUGGCAAAGGCGGUCGCGCGCGAAAGUGGUGCUACCGUUCUUGAAGUCAGUGGAUCUGAAGUCUACGAUAUGUUUGUUGGUGAGGGCGAGAAGAACGUCAAGGCAAUCUUCACGCUUGCUAAGAAGCUUAGCCCUUGUGUCGUUUUCAUUGACGAGGCUGACGCAAUCUUCUGCUCAAGAACGGGUGCAAGCAAUCGCACUUCGCAUCGCGAGCUCAUCAAUCAGUUCUUGCGAGAAUGGGAUGGCAUGAGUGAAACAUCGGCCUUCAUAAUGGUGGCAACAAACAGGCCGUUUGAUCUUGACGAUGCGGUUCUACGGCGUCUCCCGCGCCGCCUUCUGGUCGACCUGCCGACUGAACAAGACCGCCACGCGAUCCUCAAGAUACACCUCAAAGGCGAGGCACUCGAUGAUGCUGUGGACCUGGCCGAUAUUGCCCACCGAACUCCCUUCUAUUCGGGCUCAGAUCUCAAAAACAUGUCCGUUGCUGCCGCUCUAGCGUGCGUCCGAGAGGAAUACGAUGCUGCAGGCAACCACAAGGGCGAGGAGCCGUACCAAUACCCCGAACGCCGUACAUUACGGCCUCACCACUUCGACCGCGCGAUGGAGGAGAUUAGCGCGUCCAUUAGCGAAGACAUGUCGUCGCUCACAGCUAUCAGGAAGUUCGACGAGAAGUACGGGGAUCGGAAAGGGCGGCGAAAGAAGACGGCCGGCUGGGGGUUCCAUCCGCCCGGCGUGCCGGAGAACACUCUAGACACGGGUCGGGUACGGCACUAA